AUGGCUUUAUUACAACUUAUUGUUGCAAAUGAUGGUGAUGAUAAUCAUGGAAAUCGACGAAAUUAUCAUCAUCAUCGACGACAAAUUUACUGUGAUUUAAAUCCAAUGUGUUUAUGUCAAAAUUAUCAAGCACAAUAUAUGGACGUGACAUGUAUUAAUGUACCAUUUGAUUCAUUACCCGAUUUAAGUCGUAUGAUGUCUACGACGAAUGAAUCGAUGAUAAAUUCAUUUGAUCAUCAUCAUCAUCGACAUUUAUAUCGGGUACGAAUUCAUGGUGCCCGACAAUUAACCCAACUAAAUGAUCAUAAUUCAUUCAUACAUUUAAUUACAUUAACAUCAUUAUCAAUAACUAAUACAAGAAUUUCAUGGAUCGAUUCGAAUUUAUUUCGUAAUCUAGCAAUAUCACGUACAUUAACAACAUUAGAUUUAUCAUAUGGACAAUUAGUUGAUAUACCUGUCGAUGCAUUAGAACCAUUAGAAAAUUUACAAUGGUUAUCAUUACAAGGUAAUCAAAUUGAAAUAAUUAAACAAAAUCGAUUUUUAUAUCGUUUAAAGCAUUUACGUACAUUAUUGCUCAAUGAAAAUCGUUUGUUUAUUAUUGAUGAUGGUUCAUUUUCUGGAAUGCCAUCACUUGAACAAAUAAAUUUUGAUUCAAAUAUGAUUGAACGUGUUGAAGGCAGUCCUUUUCCCUCGACACUUCGAUCAUUAUCAAUAUCAAAUUGUUUAUUAAGGAAAAUUCCAUUCAAUUCAAUUGAAUCUUUAUCAAGAUUAGAAAUUCUACAAUUACAAGGCAAUCUAAUCAAUCAUCUAUCACCAUUUAAAUUAAUGGUUCGUCGAAUUCAAUUAAUCGAUCUUAGUCAUAAUCUGAUUGAUCAAAUACCCGAUAAUCUUUUUGUUAAUUUUCAAUCAUCAUCAGUAAAUCGGAUCAAAUUGAAACGAAAUCAAAAUGAAACUAGAUUUACAGAUUCAGUGAAACCGGCCAGCUGGACCGACAACAACAACAACAAUGUUGAUGACAGAACAAACAACAAUAGCUUAAAUGAAUCGGACGAUAUUUUCAAUGAUGAUGAUGAAGAAGGAUUACAAAUCGAACAACUUUAUUUGGAUUUCAAUUUCAUUAAAUCAUUGGAUUCGACGAAUUUAUUUCGUUCAAUACGAUUGAAAAAACUUUCAAUAUCAAAUAAUCGUCUAUCAAGUUCUGGACUAUCAAAUCCAUCAAUAUUUGAUGGACCAAUUGGUCAUUCAUUAAAAAUAUUAAAUGUUAAUUAUAAUUUAAUUGAUAAAUAUCCCCGAGCAUUUCGUUCAUUGACUGGAUUACAGCAACUUCUAAUGAAAAAUAACCGUAUUCAAACAUUCGAUUCAGCAAAUAUAUUUGGCCAAUCUAGUCGUACAUUGGAAUUGAUUGAUCUUUCACAGAAUCUAAUCGAACGCAUACCAACUGCUGCAUUCAAUACUUUACGAAAUUUAAUCAAACUAAAUCUGCAUGAUAAUGCAAUCAGCCGGUUGGAUAAAGAUGAUCUUAGUGGUUGGUGUAGCCAGCGAUUAAAAUCAUUAACAUUAUCGAAAAAUAAUCUGGAAUAUUUAUCCGUUGAUGCAUUUCGUUCAUGUAAACAUUUGAAUGAAUUACGUCUUGGUGGUAAUCGUCUGCUACGUAUUCAACCCGUUCAAUUAGCACAUUAUCUUAAUCGAUUACAAUUAUUGGAUCUUAGUUCAUUGGCUUCGGUUGAUUGGUCAUACGAAAACAUUGGUAAUCAAAGCAAUCAAAUGAUAAAUAAAUUUUCUCAUAUAAAAUGGUUACAAUUUGAUUUUAAUCAAUUACGUUCGAUCCCAAGUGAAAUGAUUGAUAUAUUUCCUGGAAUUAAACAUCUUGAUUUACAAAAUAAUUUGAUUGAUACAAUCCAAACAAAUCAACUUAGUCAAUUAAUUGAUUUACAAUCAAUAAUUAUUAGCAAUAAUCAUUUGAUGAAAAUUUCAACAAAUUCAUUUUCACGUUUACCACGUUUAGAAAGUUUAACACUUUAUUUUAAUCGAAUUGAAUAUUUGGAUUUUGGUUCAUUUAAUGAACUACCACGUUUACAAUCAUUAGUUUUAUCCAGGAAUCAAAUUAAUCAUUUAGAACCGGGAACAUUUAUAAAUAUUUCAAAUGAAAGUAAUUCAUUAACAUUAUUGUUGGAUAAUAAUCGAAUUGAAUGUUUAUCAAUCGAUCCAUUUGUUUAUAUUCGUCGACGGUUAAAGCCCGAAGCUUCUUCAACAUUCACCACCAUCGACGACGACGACGACAACAACGCUAAUGAUGGCCAAUUUGCCAUCUAUUUGAAUGUAUCGAAUAAUCAAAUAAAAACUUUGGGAAAUUGUCAAAAUUCAUUCCCAACAACCACAAAAACAAAUAAAAAUUGGGUAAACAUUGUUCGUCGUCGUAAUCAACGCGACAAACAACGAAAACAUCAACAAACAUUGGCCGUACGUGUUCUUGAUUUAUCAUCCAAUCAAAUCAACGAAUUGAAUAGAAAAUUUUUUCAACAAUUUUGUCCAAAAACAUUAUCAUUGUUAGUUAAUCAUAACUUAAUUCAACGAAUCCCUUUACAAUUAUUUAGUUUAGGUUAUUGUAGUCAAUUACAAUCACUAUCGCUCAAUCAUAAUUAUAUUGUCGAUAUAAAGCUUGCCUUUGAUGAUGAUGAUGACAAUCAAACAUCAGAUAACAACGACAAUAGUUCGUUUGUCAUACAAACAUUAAGCUUACAAAAUAAUCAAAUCAAAGAUUUAUCUCGUUUUUAUCGUCUAUUUAAACGUUGUUCCCAACUAAAAUCAUUAUAUUUGAAUCAUAAUCAAAUUGAAUGGAUACCGGUCAAUUUAUGGUCCGAAACAACAAUUGUUACAUUAAAUAUUGCUAAUAAUAAACUAACGCUUGAUGAUGAUGAUAGUGAUAAUGAUGGUAAAGGUCAUGAUCAUGAUGAUGGUAAAGGUCAAUCACCGAUUGAUCAAUGUUUUGGUAUAGCGAAAACGCUUAAAUAUCUUGAUCUAUCAAAUAAUCUACUACGUACCAUACCUAAACGUAUUAUUUUCUGUGACAAUCUUAAUGAAUUAUUAUUAACAAAUAAUCAAAUUUAUUCGUUUGGUUAUGAACCAUCAUUGAUUCAACGUUUAAUAAGCCAUCUAAAACGAUUAGAUUUAGAUAAUAAUCCAUUGAAUAUUGGUGGUAAUCAACGAGGAAAAACAUUCGAAUGGUUAAAUAAUGAUCAUUCAUCAUUAUCAAUAUUAAGAUUGAGUAAUGUAAUCAGCAACAACGACAAAUCGAACGAAUCAUUAAAUAUUGGUGAAUCAUUAAAUCUACCAUAUUUACAUACAUUAGAUUUAAGUAAUAAUAAUAUUCUACAAAUAUCAUUACGUUUAUUAUCACGUAGUCGUAAUGUACGUCAUUUAAAUCUGGCUACGAAUCAACUGCGUGAAGUACCGAAACAUAUUUGGAAAUAUGUAACAAGAUUACAAUGGCUUUCAUUACGUAAUAAUCCUAUUGAUAUACUUGAUUCAUUAAGUUUUGCUGGUUUAAAAUAUUUAAGAUAUUUAGAUAUACAAGAAUUAAAUUUACAAUAUAUUGAUUCAAGAAUAUUUAUCUAUCAAAGUCAAAUGUUAUCAUUGAAAAUAAGCACAUAUCCACAAAUACGUUCAUUUCGUUUACAAGAUAUUCUAACCAAAUGUGAUUCAUUACAAACAAUUGUUGUUGAUGUUCGUGAACAAAUUCUAUCACAUCAAAUACAAUGGGCAUUUGGUGGUAAAUUACGUGAAUUGAUUAUAACUGGUCGUAAUUUAGCUGUCAUAAUACCGGAUGCAUUUCAAGGAUUGAAUAAUGCUAACGAUCUGAUUGUACGUAUAACCAAUACAAGUGUUAAACAUUUACCCGAUUCAUUGUUACGAUAUUUGGCCGAUAUUCGUUAUAUAACAAUUGAUUUAAGAGGAAAUCUUUUACAUACUGUUAGUCCAUCAGUAUUUUUUACCAAUCUAGAUAAUUAUCAUCAUUCAUGGAAAACAUGGCAAUCAAGACAAUUAUUAGGUGGUAUUAUUUUGGAAGAUAAUCCACUUGUUUGUGAUUGUAAUCUACUUUGGUUAAGUCAAUGGAUGCGUGAAGUAUUUACCGAAAUGAAAAGUAUUAAUGUUGAAGCUGCUAUUCAUGCUAAAUCAAAAUUAUCAUUAAGUCAAUGUGCACGACCUUUAUGCUACAAUAAUGCUCAACAAUAUAGCUCAACCUCGAAUAUUACCACAACAACAUCAUCAUCACCACUAAAACAGUCUUAUGUAUCGAUCAUUGAUUUACGCGAUGAAGAUAUAUGUCAACAACAACAACAAUGUCAACAAGAUGUUAGUAUAGCUUGGCCAUCAUUAUCAUCAUCAUCAUCGUCGUCAGAUGAUCGAUAUGUCAUGUUUGUACAAAUAUCGAUUGUGUUGAUUUUUCGCCUUUUUUCCUGUAACUAUCAACUAGCUGCCAUUGUAAAUUAA